AGUGGCAUUUCACAACAGGAACAACCAGAUAAUGAUAAAUAGCGAGAGUGCUUUAGAUCUGCAAGAGGCUCAACUGCUUCUGACACCCACGUCUGCACCGGGCUUUUUUUUUGUUACCCCGGAGCUAAUCCCGUCUUUGUCUUUGCAGGAUGUCAGUGAGAACUCUCCCCCUGGUUUUCAUUAAUCUCGGUGGGGAGAUGAUUUACAUACUGGACCAACGCCUGCGAGCGCCCAACACGUCUGAUGACAAUUCAGAGAAAGGAGUGUGGUCAGAAAAUGACAGAAAAAGAGUUCUGAAUGACAUCGUGGGAACCCUGUUUAGUAAAGCGUUUAUCGAUGAGCUACUCAAACCUCAGCAGCUGUAUUCUCACAGGACGCUGAAAACUGUGCUGACUCGCUUAGCACACGCCUCCAUCAUGAGGUUGAACCCCGCCAGCAUGGACAGGCUUUACGAGCUGAUGGUUAUGGCGUUCAAAUACCAAGUGUUCCUCUGUCCACGGCCCAAAGACUUGCUGCUCAUAUCGUACAACCACAUAGACACCAUCAGGGAGAUGGUGAAAGACACUCCUGUGGUCGUGAACCAAGUGGACGAGACACAUAGGAAGAUAAUUGAGGUUUACUCUUCACUAUCAGAAGGAGAAUUCCAGCUUCUCAGACAAACUCUGCUCAUAUUCUUUCAAGACAUGCAUGUUCGUGUGUCACUUUUCCUCAAGAUUAAAGCCCAGAAUCCCAACGGACGCUUUGCCCUGUCGACCUCAGGCCCGGUGCCUCAUGGGAUAGAUGUCCCAGGGUUAAUUAGGACGUUCGACUCCAAGGGACGAGAAGGUCGACGAGGCGAGUUCCCCACUGGGGGAAGUUACACCAGCGCCGUCAGAGAGGGAUGUUUCGAGCUGCACGGGGACAGAGUCGUCACACUGGGCCUGAACAUAUACACGGUGAACCAUCCGGAGGAGACACACACAUCCAAGGCUCCCUCUGUCCAGACAAACAACUCUCCCAACCUGCUGGCCAAGGAGGAGCUGAACCUGCUGGCUCGUCUGAUGGGCAGCGUGAAGGCGGAGAACAAGCCAAGAGCGGAGACUGGCUUCAGGAUCAACCUGUUCAGUACCGACGAAGAGGAGGAGGAGGCGGGGGAUAUCAGUGGAGCUGAGGAGUCAAUGUUUGGAGUCAUCAAUAUUCAAGCAAUGAAGGACGAACAGGCUGCCUCUGAGCUGGCUCUCAUCGCCGGACAGUUCACGGAACCAGAACAGCCGGAGACCCUCGGCUGCAGCAAAGGAGACGACCUGCUGGCCAUGAUGGACGACCUCUGAGAUGAACCGUCACUGGUUGAUCUCCAUCACUGGUGUCACUGGUGUCAUUGAUGACCUUUGACUUCACGGCCUAAAUGACUGAUGCCAACUCGAUGAAUCUCGGGUACAAUCGCAUUUUGUGAUUAUAUCAAUAUCACAUGAGAACUGCGAGCUUGUGUUUAAUCUGUGUAAUAUGUAUUUGUUACGUUAGUCUACACACUCUGGUUUAACACACAUUUAUUGUUAGACAUAUUAAUAUAUUUGAUUAUUUAUUAUAAUCAUGUUAUUUCCCAUAAAGCAUAUAUUUAUAUUUUUAUGAUUGUUUGUUGUCAUUUUUCGACAAAAUACAGAAAUGCAAUAGUGUCACAGAGUUAACUCAAAGUUUAAAUAUGUGGCAGAAUCAUAUACAGU